UUUUCUUGCCUUCUAGUUAUUGUUGUCAUUAUUGGUGUUGUUGUUGUUUUUGUCUUUAAUUUUUGUUUAUUUUCAUUUGUUUGAUUUAAAAAUAUUUUUGUUGUUGUUUUCGUUGUUAUUUCUGCUUCUUCAUUUCUUUUUUUAUUUAAUUCUUUUUCUUUUUUAGAAAAAAUAAUUAUUUGUUGUUCUUUUGUUUUGUUGUUAUUAUUUGUUUUUAAAGGAAUUAUUUCACUUUUUUCUAAAAUAAUUUGUCCUUCAGGAAAUUCAUCUUCUGAAAAUUAAUCAAAUUUUUUUAAAAUUAAUGACUGGGGCUACCGUAAAAAUUUUAUUAUUUUCUGGUUCGUUACUUGUUCUUUAUGUUAUUUUAAUAUUGAAAAAAAUUUUUACUAAAAGCUAGAGUAGCGCGAGCAUCAGUAGGCGAGGCUCUUGGCUAUGACUACAUAUGACCGAGAUCGAGGCUGGCCGAUCCGAGACCUAGAUUGGAAAAUGGCCGAGGCUCGACCUCGGUCUACUUUACUUGAAACUGAAUUGUUUGUUUAUCAAAUCAAUUAUUUUUUCCCCUUAUUUUUUGUACCUUCAUCCAAAGAUAUCGGCUUUGCAUCAAUAGAUUCGGCAAUUUCCGGCAAUUCAAUAUUUUUUCCUUUUUCUUCCUUCUUUUUCUCUUCAUUUUUUAUAUUUUCUUCUUUUAUUAUUUUUGGAAUUUUUAAAUUAAUUUUUUCUUUUUCUUCCACUUUUUCCUCUUCUAAAUUCGAAUAAUAAUCUUCUGAUUUUUUAUUUUUUCCAUCAAUUGAAAAUAAUAUUUU